CUGAUUUUGACAGCCUCGUUGCAUGGAUCCAUGCGUAGCCUUGCCGGAGCUCGGAUGCGGGGAAGUGCGCGGCUUACUUCAUAGUCCAUAGAGGGACCAUGAAACGCACCGAGUCUCCAGCUUUUUAGGCGCAGGGAACAUCUCCUCCAUCCGCAAACUUCUCGAGCCAUCUCAGCCCCAGAAAGACGUCAUAUACACAAUUUGCGCUCGGAACUUUGCCCCCCAACUUCCUCUGAGAGAAUAAAUCUUCACGGAUCUGACUUUGUCGUGGGAGUACUCGGUGGACAGCUCCCUCUCCCAUCUCCCGUGAUGGCUGCUCAAGUGCCAGCUGCAUUGAAGACAGCCGACAUUACCCGCUUCGCCCACCGCGCAGCCCAACUCGAGAAACCCAAGCCUAUCAUAGCAUACUGGUGUAUGCCUCCUACCCUCCUUCAGAUCUCCAACGGUGAUUAACCUGUUCCCAGGCGAAUACUGGAUUGUCAACCAAAUCCUGUCCAAGGGCCUUCACAAUGCAGACCAAGAGAGCUUGGUCUACACGACAACAUUGAUGGACAAGCUGGAGAAGUUCAAGUCUGAACAUGCCCAAGAACCUGCGGUGACCGACGAUAUCGUGGGAAAAGCAUACGUGGAACAGUUUGGUCUGGAAACAUUUGAAAGGGCGGACAAUGCGGUGCGCGCAAACAAGGCUUCAAGGCAGACGGCGGACACUUUCCAGGCUUCAGCCACCUUUCUCGACCUGCUCCAGAUCUGGGGUGCUGUCGACCCCGAAAUUGCCGCCAAAAUCAAGUUCGCAAAGUAUCAUGCCUUGCGGAUCGCGAAAGCGUUGAAAGCUGGGGAAGAUCCAAAUUUGUCCAACCCCAAACCGCAAACUCCGAGUGAGGAGGCUCUCCCUGCUCUGGACCCGGAUGAUGCAGAGGUGAGGGCGUUAGAAGGAGGUAGGGAAGUCACUAAACCAAGACAAGCCUCUGUUGUUGAAGUGCCCGACGAGGCCGACAAGAUCCAGAGAAGCCUUGCACAGAAGUCACUGCUCGAUGAAUCCUUACAUCCCUCCAGAGACACAUCAAUGCCACCUCCAGCCACCAAGCAACCUUCAGUCGCUGACGUUCCUGACGAGGCAGAUCGUAUCCAGAGCGAGCUUGCUCGUCAAUCAUCCAUCGACCAGUCACUGCACCCAUCGAGAGCGCCUUCUGUUCCACUGGGGAGCGACGUUUCUCCUUUACCGGAACAAGAUCCUGCUUCAUUCUACACCAAUCGGGCCGAUCCAGCUGAUAUCUCUCCACUGGAGCCUCCCUCUGAGCGGAAACCUUCAAUAGGAGGUAACUAUUUUCCUGUGGUACCAUCGGCCCCAGCAGAGCCGGUUCUCCCAUCGCCACCAGCAACGGUAGGCGGAGCUGCCCCAGACUUGCCCUCUGCACCUUCAGGCCUCGGAAAUAUCAACACAGAUAUCCCUCCAGCACCGUCAGAACCGUCUCUUACAUCCGCGAGAAGCGAGCUCGGCGCCGCUCUCAAUCACCCACCUCGUCACCAAUCUCCUCCACUUCCCCCUCACCGCCACGGCACCCCCCUUCAACAAGCCCCGGUCGAUCAUACUGCCCAGAUCCCUCCCAAUUUCCAACCUCAAGUCCCACCUCCUCAGCUUCCCAUCAAUCCGCCACAAGUACGACACGCCCGUGGUCCUGUACCACCUAUCCCUCAUCAGCAACAAGCACCAAGUUCCAUAGCAGCGCCGUCGCCGAUCCAUCCUACGCGAAUGGCAGUAGUCCCACCUCCCCAAUCUCAACCAGUCAGCGUUGAGGUCGAUGAAGAGGCGAUCUUGAAGGCGCAGAAGCAUGCCAGGUGGGCGAUUUCCGCCUUGAAUUUCGAGGAUGUGCCCACUGCAAUUGAGGAGCUGAGGGGAGCAUUGGCCUGCUUGGGCGGGAUAUGAUUGCGAGACACCAUGGAAUCCACGUGUUGUUGCCUGAUACAUCCGCCAUCGAACGUCCGCGGAGUUGGCAAAGCUAGAUGUUCCAUCCGCGGCCUAUUGUGGAAUGUACGUUUCCUUGAAAGCAACAUGUGUUACUCACAAGAACACAUGCUUUGGAAUCCUCUGUGCUGCAGUCUCACGGGUUUCUCUUGCCCGGAAAUGCUAUGCCACGGCGCACCAGGCACGGUAUUCGAAUUGACAUCGCGGUCAUUGCCGGAAGUAGCUAAGUGGUCAACCAUUGGGACCUGCAUUGAACCAGAUUCCUGACUCGAAACCAUGCCGCAUCCAACACCGAGCGGUCUUUGACUGGUGAACCUGCCCGUCACGAAUCAGCUGAACAGGAAAGAAACUCCGAGGACGGCAUGCCGUUGAUUUUAUACAGCGUAAAAUUGCCGGUAGCGCUCACCUAUACACUACCCCUGCCAUGCCUUACUACAAUACCUUGCCUUACCCUGCACUGUUUGCUUUUCUCAAACAGCCGUACCGCCGCUCGGAAGGACCGAGACAGCCGGCACACGGAACGAGUCUGAAGACGCAAGACACGCAAUCGCCAGCAAGCAGAGAGACGCAUGAAGGACUGCAGAUUCCGAUCAUCGAGAGUCAGAAGUCUCUGGGAAUGACAAAGGUCGCGAGAACAACGGCUUUUACAAGCGUGGGAGCACAGCCACCCUAUUAUGGGCGAGCAAGGUCGGGGGCGCGACGGAGUCAAAGUUCCUGGGCGAAAUGGGGGAAUAUGGUCCUGGAACCGAAAUGAAUUGAAAUGAAACUCGAGAUGGGAUGAAAUAGUAGGAACGAGGAUUCGCCCUCUUCGCAGUCCUAUUCUACUUUUGCGCUCCUUUUUU